GGUGCAGGCAGGGCGCAAACGGAUCAGAGCCAUUGAGACCCCGUGCGAGCUGUCGGUGCGACGUCACGCGGGAUUCGCUUGUCCGGGCGCAAGAGCGAGGUGUCCGAACGGCAUGUAAAGCGGAGAGCACGGUGCUCGAGUGUCUAAAGAAUUUGCGAUGCCUUCGCCAGACGACGGCGAUUCGGCGAUGCGCAGCGACGACGACGGCGGCUGCUCGUCGGCGGUGACGGCCGUGGACGCCGAGUGGCUGCUGCGGGAGCUGCGCACGGACAGCGGCCGGUGCAUUCUGAUCGACUGUCGCAGCUCGGUCGAGUUUGGCGAGGCGCACAUCAGGCACGCCGUCAACCUGUCCAUCCCGAGCAUUAUGCUGCGCAGACUGGCCGCCGGCAAGAUCGAGCUCGUCUCCACCAUCAAGUGCCGAGAGCUCAAGGCCAAGAUUGCCGACGCCAUCGGCAACCAGGUGUUCGUCGUGUACGGAGAGUCGGCCGCCGCCGACACCUCGCACCCGCUCUACAACGACACGCUCGAAAUCCUGACCAGGAGGCUCAAACAAGAUGGCUGCCGAGUCGCAUGCCUCAGCGGUGGCUUUGCUGACUUCAAAACUCGCUACCCUGAGUGGUGCGAGAGCGACGCGGCCGACGUUCCAGCGCCGCUGAUGGGACUGCGGUCCCUGCGCAUUUCCUCUAGUUCGUCCAGCGCGUCCAGCUCUUCUGGCGGCGGCUCCUCGGACGUUGACGAUGCCGAUCGGUGCGACUCUUCUCUUGGUCUCGACGAGGACCGCGAGUUUCCAGUCGAGAUUGUGCCCUUUUUAUUCCUUGGCAACGCGGCCAACAGCGAGGACAGUGAAGCCCUCCAGAGGCACCGCAUUCAGUACAUUCUGAACGUGACUCCAGACUUGCCGAAUGUGUUCGAGGACUCGGGCAACAUCCGCUACAUGCAAAUCCCGAUCGCUGACCACUGGAACCAAAACCUCGCUUGCUUCUUCCCCAAGGCCAUCGAGUUCAUUGAUGAGGCCCGCAAUGGCCAGAAGGGCGUGCUGGUCCACUGCCUAGCUGGCGUCUCCCGCUCAGUUACCAUCACCGUCGCUUACCUCAUGUACAAGAUGCACCUGCCGCUGAACGACGCUUUCAACGUUGUGCGCAACCGCAAGUCCAACAUCGCGCCCAAUUUCAACUUCAUGGAGCAGCUGCACUCAUUCGAGCAGGAGCUGCGCCUGCGCGGCGACCUCGGGCCGUCGCACACGCCCCUGCUCACCAUCCAGCCACCUGAGGUGGCGGCCCUGCGCGGCCACGCGACCCUCCAGCGGCGCUGUCCAUGCGGCCGGCCCGACUGCACGUGCCAGCCGCAGAACUCGCAGUUCCUGUCGCCGCUGCUGCCCACUGGCGCCAGCCCAGACAGCGGCAUCGAGUUUGACCGCUGGGCUUCGACGGCCAACGAGUGAUUCAAUCCGUCACCGUUUUUAGCCACAGACUCUACUAUAUUCGAUUUUUUCCUUUUUUAUACCAAUCUCGAUUGAAUGUACUCUGCGUGGUCUCUCUUUACAUGGCUAUUUUACUCUCGCUCUUCUUGUUCAUCCUUUUCGAGUGGAAUGCGGGACCGACCAGCCAACGCGAAACGCACAUUACCAGGCUUGCUGAAAUAUGGCAUCGUAGAGUGUCAUGAGGAAGGUUUUGGUCCAAGAAAUCCUAUCCCGAAUUAUCCUGUUCCUGAAAACUUUUUGUUUUCUGGUCCUAUUUUAUCCCAAUAUCAAAACUAUUAUUUUAAAUUUUUUUUGCAGUCACGGUGAAUCUAGGAUCCAAUUUACAAAUUGGAUUUUCAAUCCAGUUAUUUCUCAUGGGAACUUAAUUUUUUGUAGAAACCACGUUUUUAGAAAAUACCAAGUUCUGAACACUUCUACCUAUUAAUUCACCAGUUGCAUAAACCAGAAGUGUUCGAAGCCGCCAACAGAUGGCGCCACCGUAGACUUUUGAUUUUAAGGCACUUCCACUGCGAUUUCAAACUCAAUCUAGCUACUGUGCAUUCUUCAAUUAAUUUGCUAUUUUUUGACGUGCUGAAAACCAAAAUCGGUUCAGCCAAUCGCCAGAGAAUCGUGAAAAACUAUUUUUUUGAAAUAAAAAAAUCUCUUGCAACGUUUCUACGGCGAUUGGCUGAACCGAUUUUGGUUUUCAGCACGUCAAAAAAAGCAAAUUAAUUAAAAAAAAAGCUAAAAAGCUAGAUUGAGUCUGAAAUCGCAGCGGAAAUGCCUUAAAACCGCUUAAAACAAAAUUUUCCAGAAAGUCUGUGGUUGCGCCAUCUGUUGACGGCUUCAAUAACUAAGGGCUUAUGCAACUGGUCAAUUGUAAGAAAUUCGCCAGUUGCAUAAACCCUUUGUGUUCAAAGCCACCAACAGAUGGCGCCACCAUAGACUUUAGUAAUAAAUUUAACUUUAAGUCACUUCCGCUGUGAUUUCAGACUCAAUCCUGCUACUGCAAAUUGUUCACUUAAUGUGCUUUCUUUUUAAGUGCUGAGAACCAAAAUCAGUCCAGCCAUUCGCCGUAGAAACGUUGGAAAAGCUUUCAUAUUUCAAUAAAAAAUUUCACGAUUCUACGGUGAUUGGCUUAACCGAUUUUAGUUUUCAGCACGUUUAAAUAAAGCUAAUUAAGCGAAGAAUGCACAGUGGCAGGAUUGAGUCUGAUUUCGCAGCGGAAGUGCGUUAAAAAUGAAUUUAUUAAGAAGGUAUAUAUGGUGGUGCCAUCUGUUGGCGGCUUCAAACACUAAGGAUUUGUACAACUAGUCAAUUCCUCGUUAAAUUGGGGAGCGAUUCAAAAGGUUUUUGAGACGUUAAAAUUUCUCACAAAAACCGUUUUCUGGAUUUUUUUUAUUUAAACUUAUUUGUCUGAGGUUAAUAAAAAUUGGCUAACAUCUGGAAAUAUGUCUAAAACGUGAAACUAUUUUUUUCAUCUUCUGAACUUUACUUUUAGGACCUUGACUGCCGUCAAUUGAGCGCUCCUUUUUAAUGAAACUUGCGAUGUCCUGUUAGUGCUGACUAAUAUAAAAAAAUCUGAAUACCAUAAAUAAAAUCCUGUCUUAUCCUAUUCCUGUCUUUACCAUCCGGAAUUUAUCAUUUCCUCUCUGUUCAUUGGCUGAUCCUUGCUUCGCACUGAAAUGUUCCAAUUUAAGGUUUUUGGCCUCUUAGGAUUGAUUCAUCACUGAAAAGAGCCAAAACUUCAGUUUUGAUGGCACUGGAAUUUUUCAAUAUUAAUCAAUUCCUGAGGUUCCAAUCAGUUUGGGCAGCUAAAUCAUUCAUUCGAAAUUUCAACACGGCUGGCCAAAAAUCGGUCGAAAUGUUAAAUCUGUUACUAAAUGAGCUGUUUUUGGUCUGAACGUAGCAAAAAGUGCCACAAGAACACUGGCGACGCAUCAAAGGGCACUCUGAUAGGCUUAGCGCUGGCCUAGCAGCUCACAACAGGCGUGGAACUUACUUUGGUUAUCGCAAUGUCGCUGCCAUCACCAUGUCAAGAAGCCACGGCGUUCUUCUGGCACAUUUUGCUAAAUUUAGACUUAAGACUGCUAAAGUAACUUUUCCGCCGGUUUUCAGUACGUCGUGGCGAAUUUUUGAUCAAUUGGUUUGGCUGUCUGAUCUCGUUUGAUCCUCAUGAAUCAAUCUGUUUAAAAUGAAUUUCCAUUGCUACUUUCUUACUGAUUAUAUUACUCAUUGAAAACUAUGCCUGGUUUUCAUCCUCCCAAACAUUUUUUCCGUAGUUUGAAUCGAGGUUUGACGAUCUCUUGUAUCACUCCAUCUGCUUUUUGUUCAUCUAAGAGAGAGUACUGUAAAUUACAAAUUUGUCUGUUCACCUGUUUUAUUACCCUACUGCCAAUUGUAUAAUGUGUUGACGUUCUCAGUGUGUAGCUAUACACAAAUGUACUUGUUAUCUAUCAUAGUUUUCCUUUCGAAUUAUGUGUUGGAGGAGAGAGUUAUAUCUCUGUUUGUCUGUAGUUGUUGAGAGAAAUUAUGAGACAGAAGAGCAAAGCGACCGUGCCAUAUUUUUCUCUCUCGCUGAUUGUGAGUGAUUGCUUGAAUGAAAUGAACGAACGGACGUUAAAGGCGAGAGCAGCACAUGAUAAUCAGGCAGGAUCCGUGAUUAUUGUUCACGAUUAUGUAUUCGCUGUUGAAUGGCUUUGGUGUUAAGAACAAACAUUUUAUAUCAGACACGAGGCAUGAUUAUUUUCCAUUGAUUUGCAUUUUUAUAAGGCGUGAGUUUUGUACGCAAACGCGCAGAGUUGAAGUGGACGAGUGCCAAAAAACAAGCAUUUUGGUUUGAUUCAUUGCGGCGCGAAAACAAGAUUUUGAUCUCCGGCACCUUUGUAUAAACAAAAUGUUUGGAUGGAAUAAAAGAGAGAAACGCAGCCAUAUUCAAUACACAUAGUACAUAAUGUUACUUGUUUUUACUGCCAUUGUUUUUUGUGCAAUUUUAAUUGACAAAAAAACAUGUUCUCUAUUGAUGUUGAUGCACAAACUACAUAAUACAAUUUAAAUUCUAAAAAAAACAGGUCUCGUUUUCCUGAGAUGCAAAUAAGUAAAGUUAGGACGCACAAUAUUUACUAAGAGUAAUAACAUAAAAUGAAGUUUCCCUAGUUGAUUAAUUGAAAUCAUUGCCACUGUUGUGUACAUUUUAGUGUUUAUUAUGUGCUGUUCAAUCUCUCCAUGUACCACACACACACAAACACACCACUUAUCUUUGCUGUUGUUGGUCGAUGGAGAAACGUUGCAUUCAUUUUCAAGAAUCAAAAGAUAAAUCAUAUAUGUUCUGUGAUCGCUAAAAAUUAUUUAACCAGCUGCAUAUAGGUUUAAUCUUAAUACACACAUUCCUUGCGGGUCUUGCUUUGUGCAGUUGCAAGUUGCAACCGUUAUUAUCGUUUAGACACCUGUAUUAUUAAUUAACAUGUGUGUGGAAAUUUACGAGACCGCCCUCUAUUACAAACACACAAACCAAAAUUGUAAUUAAGACAAUGGACUGCUUUCAGUCAGCAGUAACGAUUUCUAUUUAUUUUUUAUUGUGACACAAAAUGGGUAUGAGAUGUGUAAAUAAAUGAGAACAUUUACAUGUGGUCUUAAUUCGUAAAGUGAAACAAA